GAUCGUAGGCUUCUAUUUGUAAUUGUUUUUCGCUUUUAUAAACAUUUUGUUAUUUGUUCAUUUAUUCUACAUUAUAUCUUCGACCAAUUCAUUUAUCUUGUAAAUAUAUUAAUUUAAGUUCGCUAUAAAAAAUCAUAUUAUUCCCUUCGCGCUUUAACAAACAUUUUACUAGAUAUAAUCCCCGUAGGUUAUAUAUGUUGUUAUAAAAGCACUUAUUUAUAAAUGAAUUGAGAUAUUUUAAUUUGCACAUCUUUCACUAAUAUAAUAAUUUAAUAAUUUACUUUACCAUCAAACUUUAAAAUGGAUCUUCUUCAAUUGAGAAAUUUUCGAGACUUUCUUCUUGUAUAUAAUCAAAUAUCAGAGACUUGCUUCAAGAGAUGUGCCGAUACAUUCCUUACUAGAGAAAUAACUUCUAACGAGGAUUUAUGUAUAAAAAAUUGUACAGAGAAGCAUAUACAUGCAAAUCACAAAAUUAUGGAAUUAUAUAUGGAAAUUCAACCUAUUCUAGUUCGUAAAAGAAUAGAAGAAUUGAAUAAUCAAGCAGCAAUAAUGGCACAAUCAGAAGAUGAACAGAAAGUAGGAACAGCUAUAUCAUAAAUUAUAAUAAUAUGUUUAUUUCUAUAA